UAGGUAAGGAUGUAAGAAUUGCAAUUGGUUUCGUUGAUCUACUAAUGUAAAGGGAAUAUUUCAAAUCUUACGAGUGAUUCAUCGAAUUUAGUUGAGGAUUGUCAUUGUCGACAGCAUGAAUUUGUGGCUGGCCCUACAGAUCGUUAUUCUUUUCUUCAUAAAUGAGUCAAAAGCAAGGAAUCAUCGAAAGAAAUACUGGAAAUAUGCGUUAUCAAGUCAGGGUGACAUGAACCCGAAUACGUAUGACUUCCGGCAACCCUAUUACCUACAACGAGAGAAACUAUUAGACCAGGGUGCAUCCGCCAGUGAAGUUGUGAACCACGGGGCUGAGCAAUUCAAGAGGACCUAUGAUGCACAAGUACACGCAGCCUGUGAGGACGUUAUCACUUGGACUAAACCUAUAGUAGGUCGCAACCAGUCGGAUUAUAUCCGCAUUUUGAAAGAGAAUACGACGAUUAUGAGCCGAACUUGUGUCGACAAUACAGCGCCUUGCCAUGGUUACACUCCUUGUAGGCCGCUUAGGCCUAUGUAUCCGUGGGAACGCAGGGUGGAAUCACGCUGUCAGCAAUUGUAUGGAUAUGUACUAGUCCCGGUCGUAAAGUCAGCCACCAGAAACGGCAUCCAGUACGAUUACGACUACAUAAAGUAUAACAUGGCAUGUAGUUGCGCCAUACUAUAGGAUAUGGAUAAAACCUUGUUCCCACUGUCACAAUUCGCGUUCACAUGA